AAACACACUUUGUUGCGAGGUCAGUGAUUGGUGUACGCAUGCGCGGGCAGUACAGUGUGCGAUUCAAAGAAAAGUAAAUAACUAUCCAGUCCCUAUACUUGUGUUGUAUCCCUCAGGGUCAGGCAUGGAUGCCCAGAAGGACGUUCAGCCUCCCAAGCAGCAGCCCAUGGUGUACAUCUGUGGAGAAUGCCACACAGAGAAUGAAAUAAAGGCACGUGACCCCAUCCGAUGCAGAGAAUGUGGUUACAGAAUCAUGUACAAGAAGAGAACCAAGAGAUUGGUUGUAUUUGAUGCCAGGUGAAGAAGAAGAACCAACUCUGAUAAAAAAAUUGUUUUUGACGUUUCUUUUGCAGUGUAUGAUGUUGUAAAUAAAAUUUUGAACACCC